AUGGCAAAAAUAUCUUAUUCCCUUUCGACACAAAUGCCUCCCAAAUCUGUUAGCGGUAUCAACUGCGAUUGCUCCGCAGAAGGCGAAUUUGUAAAAACAGUGCAGAUGGAUCAAGAAAGUGACACAGAUUACUUGGAAAAGCUUCGGAAAUUUUCAAAGUGGACAAGCCAUGGAGCUUACAGAGCGCUUCCCGACUCUACCAAAUGCAGGCGUUCUAUUCUGCGUGUUCUGUACUCGAUACCGGUGAACAUCACUGUUAUCAUUAUGGCUUGGGUUAACGCUGUGAUACUGGUUGUAGCGUUGCUACUGGAGAGUGAGACACUCAAGGCGGAUUCAGGAGAGAAGAGGAACCGCUUGAAUGAGGCUCGGUUUGGGCUGCAGUGCGUCAGUAUGUGCAUAAGCUCUAUCUUCUCCAUCGAGAUCUGCAUGAAGCUGUUUGCACUGGGACCGAAAACUUUUUUCAGUCACUGGAUUGAGGUUUGGGACCUGGUCGUUAUUGUGAUCAGUUUGAUUGUGGACGCGAUCAUCAUUUCAGCGCAUGUUGCCCGCAUCCGCACAGCGCAUGGGUCCGACCCUCAUUAUUUCUUCAAUGACCCUUCUUCAGACCCACUGGCUGCAGUUGGCGCAGCUGCCGCAUUACUGGUUAUCUUCCGAUUAUGGCGGAUAGUGGGAAUAAUGAAUGCGGAAGCUCAACAGUUAAAUUUCUUGCCACCAAUACUCCUAAGUCCCAGAACACUUUGUACAUGGGGGUGCAUUCGGCUACAUAUGGUUGAGCAGAUUUUCGAGCUUAUUUCCGUCGAGCCAAUGGAACGGAAACUCCAAGAGCUGUCUCAAGAGCAGAGAAUCAUUGAGUACAAAAACUCGGAAACAUUUUAUCAUGGUCUGAACAGUCGGAUAAUCUGCAAUAACUAG